GCUCAAAUCUCUUUACAUCCACAUACAGCCUCGCUAUCGCAGUCUAUCUGGUCAUUAGAGACUCGUCCAUGGCACUGAACAACAUAUUGACUGCUACUUAAAACAAUCCACAACUUGUCGAGCCCUUUCUCCAAGAUGCAACUGACAUCCAUAGAGUCUCAGAUAUCAUGUCCGGAUUCAUUGAAAGUGGGCCAGGUUUUCAUGAUACUUUCGACGGAACCUACCCACCACGCUAUCCAGCAGAGCAACGGCGACGUCACUAAUCGCUGCCGACAUUCACGCCGUAUCAUUUUAUCUGUUCGAAAUCGGAAUAGCAGGCCAUCAAGCAGAGAGGAAAAUUCUCGCUCGAACGAUCAUACGCCCAUGUUCUAUGCGAAAGAACAUGAGGCUAACUCUGACAACUUAAGUCAAGAGAUACAACAUCAUAGGACCUGUGCGACACAGGCCCUCGCAAUUCUUGAAAGUGAUACUGAAAGAAGUCCUGUUGCCAUCGUUGGAAACGACGCCGGUCUUAUGUUUUCCGAAAAAGUCCUACAGCACCCUAGCGACCAGCCUGCAGAGUGCAGUGUCUGGGGAGACGAACUCUACCAAAACGAGCUAGGAGACGAACAUGUAUUGCAAAGUUCUGUCUAUGGAGUUAUCACGACGACGAACCAUAGAUUUGCAGAUGACGAAGUCGGCCGGCACGAUACGUGGAUACAUGCGAAAUGCAAUAUCGACCACCAGCAAAUUGUGCGUUCCUACCGAAAUCCAGCAUUCCAGAAUAGCCAUCGAAGAAACCGAAUAUGCAUCAAUCUUUGCGCUGUACCCGGACUGAUCAUCUCGUCGUAUGCAUUAUCAAAAUACGUUGUACAGACCUCAUUGCCAACGAUGAAGGGAACGAUGUUGCAUCGCAAUUUCACAGGGUUCCCAAUUAUCGAUCAUCCAAGCUCCACAACUUUCGUCUCCGCGGCCCUCGUGUACGGCAUGUGCUCUAUGUCAAUGUAUAGAGCAAAUUCACAUCAUCCCUAUCAACAGCACAUGGUUUUUCUUUUCAUCGUCUGUGGUAUAAUAUUUCAACUUUUUCGGUAUCCGAGUCUGAAUGAAGCUUUGGCUAUGGCGGCAGCUGCGACACCUGGUGGCGUCACAAUUGCAUUGGUUGUAAGCAUGAUAGGCCACUUUUGGUCGCCUAGUCAUGAGGAAGUCGUAUUUCAGGAUUUAAUCAAGAAGGUCGAGAAGAUGGUUCAUGAAGGAGAGAUGAAUUCGCAACAGGCGAGAUUUCUAAACGAGGUACAAGCACGCCGAAGUGCCAUCUCUAUUUGGUAUAUUGAGUAUUGAGACUCUACUAUUCCAAGUUGAAUAUUCCCA